CAGUUCCGUCCCGCUGCUUGUCGAAAGAAUCCUUCCCGGGGGCUGAAUUUUCCGCGAAAGUUUGUGAUUUUCCGAGGAACUGAGGAAAAGUUGCGGGAAAAAUGGCGGCUGCGGCGGCUAGGGCAGCUGGUUCGGGGCUCGUGCUGUCGCGUCCUGUGACGUUUGUGACCGGAAACGCCAAGAAGCUCGAAGAGGUUCGAGCUAUCCUGGGCCAGUCCAUUCCCUUUCAGUCCCUCAAACUCGAUCUCCCGGAACUACAAGGGGAGCCUGAAGAUAUCUCCAAAGAAAAGGCUCGUUUGGCUGCAAAAGAGGUGAAUGGGCCAGUUUUGGUGGAAGAUACCUGCCUCUGUUUCAAUGCCCUUAAGGGUCUUCCAGGGCCUUACAUCAAGUGGUUUUUGCAGAAGAUUGGUCAUGAAGGUCUUAACAAUUUGUUGUUGGGAUAUGCGGACAAAUCAGCAUAUGCAAUGUGUGUAUUUUCUCUUGCACUUGGACCAGACAUUGAGCCAAUUACUUUUACGGGAAAAACUCCGGGGAAGAUAGUUCCUGCAAGAGGGCCCAAUGAUUUUGGGUGGGAUCCGAUCUUUCAACCCGAUGGCUAUAAUCAAACUUAUGCUGAGAUGCCCAAAGAAGAAAAGAACAAGAUUUCCCACCGCUCCAGAGCUCUUGCGCAGGUGAGGUCUCAUUUUGCUGAGACCGGGUACACUUUCCAGACAGACCUCUCUAUUUAAGAAUGAAUCGGAUCUUUUCACUGCACUGCUUCUAUUUUACUCUCUCCAAGCACUGGAAAGAUUUUCGGGGAAUGUUUUUCCCUUAACGUCCACUUUGUAGGAAUAGCCAAAAGAGAGAAGACUUGAAUGGAUAUUUCAUAAUGGAUUUCCUAUGCCUGAUUAGGGCAAAGAAAACUUUUUCUUGUAAGCAUCUUUUACAUAUGGAAAUGGAAUAGAACUAAAGAUUGUUGCCAUGCCAAAAGUACAAAAAUCUCACAUGUGAUUUGUGUAACCACUGGAUGCAUGUUCGCCAGUGAAUUAACUUAUUAAUCAUUGGAGGCACGUUCAGCAGUAAAUU